GACAAACACUAGUCCCUUGAAUAUAUACGAUCCAACCUGUCAUAGUCAUAUUUCUACUCUCUCUCUCUCUCUCUCUCUCUGUGUAUCCGCCGCUCGUUAAAACCCCCCCCACCGAACAUUCUCUGCCUCAUUCAGAAUCCCCGCCGUCCGAUCUCCGAACUCCAAUGCUGCCGUACCAGACUCUCGACGAGGCCUCGGUCGCUCUCGGCCGAAACCUAACCUAUGCUGAGACCCUCUGGUUUCACUACUCCGCCCGCAAGUCCGAUUAUUUUCUCUACUGCCAUACCAUUCUCUUCCUCUUUUUCGUAUUCUCCGCCGUCCCUCUCCCUCUGGUCUUCAUCGAGCUCGCGCGCUUGGCUGGCUUCGACCGCUACAAGAUUCAGCCCAAGGCCAGGUUGUCUUCCGCCGAAGUGUUUCGCUGCUACAAGGACGUCAUGCGCAUGUUCUUUCUCGUUGUCGGUCCUCUGCAGCUCGUUUCCUACCCUUCUAUACGGAUGAUUGGGAUUCGAUCGGGGUUGCCAUUACCUUCGGGAUUGGAAAUUUUUGCGCAGUUAUUAGUGUAUUUCAUGGUGGAGGAUUACUCGAAUUACUGGAUCCACAGAUUUCUGCAUAACAAAUGGGGUUACGAGAAGAUUCAUAGAGUUCAUCAUGAAUACACAGCUCCAAAUGGAUUUGCGGCGCCUUAUGCGCAUUGGGCCGAGAUUUUGAUCCUCGGGAUCCCAUCUUUCCUCGGGCCGGCCAUGGUUCCUGGUCACCUGGUUACAUUCUGGCUGUGGAUUGCUUUACGGCAGAUUGAGGCGAUAGAAACGCAUAGCGGGUAUGACUUUCCUUGGAGCCCCACAAAAUACAUCCCAUUUUACGGUGGUGCUGAGUAUCAUGAUUACCAUCAUUAUGUUGGAGGGCAAAGCCAGAGCAACUUUGCUUCAGUGUUCACCUACUGUGAUUACAUUUAUGGAACUGACAAGGGCUAUCGGUAUCAGAAGAAGCUCUUUGAGAAGUUGAAAGGGGAAUUGAAAACCGGUGGUGAACAAAAUGGAGGCUCAUACCAUAUUUCUACCCAAGAUCUUAAAUCUGACUAGCUAUGGUACUGCAGAACCCAUCUGGAACAAUGCCCUUUGUUAUGCUUCUCACCCAUGACAAUUUUCUGAAAUAUGUGAUUAGAAUUUAGUCCAUGCUAGUCAAAGUAGAAAUCUUUAGUGGCCAAGGAGGAAAUUGACUUGGGGCUCUUCAAAAUUCUGUGCGUGUAGCUUCUUCUGCUUCUUUGUUCGCAGCCCGCCAGAGAAGGGGGGGGGUGAACCUUUUUUCUUUGAUGUUGUGCUUAUAACGGAUUUUCGUGAGAUAGGAUUAUGGAUGGUGAUUUUUGCAAUGUCAGAUAAAUGUUGUUCUUCAA